GAUGAUGUCGCCGUGCGAGGAAAUCGUGGGUAGCUGCCUGUGAGAAGCGCCGAUACCGCCAAUCGCGGCCUCGGUGGCGGUCGCUAUAGCAGUAUCAUCAUCGUUAUCGCCGUCGUCUUCGUUGUCGUCGUCCCGCGCGCGAAUUGACGCGGGGGAAAAGGAUGGAGACGGACUAUCAGUCGACGCUGAGUCCGUCGCGGACAUUGACAGCAGGGAUAGGCAAUGAUUGCGAAGAUCCAUACCCCAGUCUAUCGGAUUAUCACGAUUACGAACCGAAUUUGGAAUUUGAUGAUACAGAAUUGCAAACUACUUCAAACAAUGUGUCACGGCUUUUGGAUGAAAAAUUGGAUUUGGUGAGCAGCAGCGUAGGUGCCGGAAUGGAUUAUUUAGAGAGUCCAGUGAGUGACGGCACAAUCGAGGAGAACUUUGAGGAAGCUUUAGUAGAUGCUCCAGUUAUCGAAUCUGCGGACGAUCUGGCUGCUUUAGAUGCAGAACUCGCCGAUGAGGAGGAUUAUCUCGACAUAUCCAGACACGGUAUUGUAGAGGUGGUCGGUGAUGAUAGUGCCGGUCGCAAAAUAAUUGUUGUGUCAGCUUGCAAAUUGCCUCCCGUUGGAAAAGAGACUUUUAAUCAUGCUAAACUCCUCAGGUAUCUCACACAUACUUUGGAUACGUUUGUGGAACAAGAUUAUAGUCUCGUUUAUUUUCAUUAUGGCCUUACAUCGAAAAAUAAGCCACCUUUGUCGUGGUUAUGGCAAGCAUACAAAGCGUUUGAUAGAAAAUAUAAGAAGAAUCUUAAAGCCCUUUAUCUAGUACAUCCGACUAAUUUCAUUAGGAUUGUAUGGCAAAUAUUUAAACCGGCUAUCAGUGUAAAAUUUGGACGGAAAAUGAUGUAUGUUAAUUAUUUGGAAGAAUUGGCGCAAUAUAUUAAUUUGGAUCAAUUAAUUAUACCUCCUCAAGUGAUAGAACACAAUGAACAGCUGCUAAUGAAAAAUAAGAAAAAUUUGCCGGCGAGUCCACCGCAAAGCGCAGUAGUUACACCAGUCGGCACGACUCAGUUUGGUGCUAGUCUGCAAUUUUUAAAAGAAAAUAAUAACGGAGAUCCAAUACCACCGAUUCUACGGCAAUGUGUCGAAUUUCUUGAUACACCGGACGCUUUAGAAACAGAAGGAAUAUUCAGAAGAUCGGCUAAUGUGGCGGUGAUUAAAGAACUUCAGAAUCGUUGUAAUCAAGGUUUACCUAUCGAUUUUCAAGGGGAUCCGCAUAUUGCUGCGGUUCUACUUAAGACCUUUCUUCGUGAGCUAGAUGAACCUCUUAUGACUUAUGAAUUGUAUGAUGAAAUCACGCAAUUUCAAACACUAUCGAAAGACGAACGUCCACGUAAAGUCAAGAUUUUAAUAUUGGAGAAACUUCCCGAAGACAACUAUCAAGUUCUUAAAUACAUCGUACAAUUCUUAUCUAGGGUAAUGGACCGAUGCGACCUGAAUAAGAUGACUUCUAGUAAUCUAGCGGUUGUAUUCGGACCGAAUCUCGUUAGAGCACCGCCAGCGCGUGGAAUGUCCCUUUCCGCAAUAGGACCCAUUAACCAAUUUAUAGACUUUUUAUUCACUUAUCAAGAUAAGAUAUUUAUUAUUUAAAAGCGACAGCACCGAAGGCCUAAUCGUAACAUUCAAUUAUCGACUUUACCACACGUCCGCAUUUUCAUUUAUCGAAAAUAUUUUUAUAUUCUACGUGAUAGAAAAAGA